AUGGCAGCGCCGGGCGGCAGGUUGGAGCCGCCGCCGCUCCCCGAGUACAGCUGCAGCUACGUGGUGUCGCGGCCGGUCUACAGCGAGCUCGCCUUCCAGCAGCAGUACGAGCGGCGCCUGCAGGAGCGCAAGACGCUGCGGGAGAGCCUGGCCAAGGGCUGCAGUUGUUCAAGAAAGAGAACCCUUGGUGUGCUGAAGACUCUCCUGCCCAUCUUGGACUGGCUCCCCAAAUACCGGAUCAAGGAAUGGCUGCUUAGUGAUACCAUUUCGGGAUUUAGUACUGGGCUAGUGGGGACACUGCAAGGCAUGGCGUAUGCUCUACUAGCUGCUGUUCCUGUUGGAUAUGGUCUCUACUCUGCUUUUUUUCCUAUCCUGACAUACUUUAUCUUCGGAACAUCAAGACACAUCUCAGUUGGACCUUUCCCAGUGGUCAGUUUAAUGGUGGGAUCUGUUGUUCUGAGCAUGGCCCCCGACGAACACUUUCUCGUGUCCAGCAGUAAUGGAACUACACUGAAUACCACCAUGAUAGACUCUGCAGCUAGAGAUGCAGCAAGAGUAUUGAUUGCGAGCACCCUUACUCUUUUGGUUGGAAUCAUACAGUUGAUAUUUGGAGGUUUGCAGAUUGGAUUCAUUGUGAGGUACCUGGCAGAUCCUUUGGUUGGUGGAUUCACAACAGCUGCUGCCUUCCAAGUGUUGGUCUCACAGCUAAAGAUUGUCCUCAAUGUUUCAACCAAAAACUAUAAUGGAAUUCUCUCCAUUAUCUAUACUCUAAUUGAGAUUUUUCAAAAUAUUGGUAACACUAAUCUUGCUGAUUUCAUUGCUGGAUUACUCACCAUUAUCAUCUGUAUGGCAGUUAAGGAAUUAAAUGAUCGAUUUAAACACAAAAUCCCAGUCCCUAUUCCUAUAGAAGUGAUUGUGACAAUAAUAGCUACUGCCAUUUCAUAUGGAGUUGACCUGGAAAAGAACUAUAACGCUGGCAUUGUUAAAUCCAUCCCAAGUGGGUUUUUGCCUCCGGCGAUUCCAUCUGUGAGUUUGUUUUCUGAGAUGCUGACUGCAUCAUUUUCCAUUGCUGUGGUCGCUUAUGCCAUUGCAGUGUCUGUAGGAAAAGUAUACGCCAUCAAGUAUGAUUACACCAUCGAUGGGAACCAGGAAUUCAUUGCCUUUGGGAUCAGCAACAUCUUCUCUGGAUUCUUCUCUUGUUUUGUGGCCACCACUGCCCUGUCCCGCACCGCCGUCCAGGAGAGCACUGGGGGAAAGACACAGGUUGCCGGCAUGAUCUCGGCUGGGAUUGUGAUGAUCGCCAUUGUUGCCCUGGGGAAGUUGUUGGAACCCUUGCAAAAGUCAGUCUUGGCAGCUGUUGUAAUCGCCAACCUGAAGGGGAUGUUUAUGCAGGUGUGUGACAUUCCUCGUCUGUGGAGGCAGAAUAAGACUGAUGCUGUUAUCUGGGUGUUUACGUGUGUAGCAUCCAUCAUUCUGGGGCUGGACCUCGGUUUACUAGCUGGCCUUAUAUUUGGAUUUCUGACUGUGGUCCUGAGAGUUCAAUUUCCCUCAUGGAACAGCCUUGGAAGCAUCCCUAGCACAGACAUCUACAAAAGCACCAAGAAUUACAAAAACAUUGAAGAACCUGAAGGAGUGAAGAUUCUGAGAUUUUCUAGUCCUAUUUUUUACGGCAAUGUUGAUGGUUUAAAAAAAUGUAUCAAGUCCACAGUUGGAUUUGAUGCCAUUAGAGUGUAUAAUAAGAGGUUGAAAGCACUGAGGAAAAUACAGAAACUCAUCAAAAAAGGGCAGUUAAGAGCAACAAAGGAUGGCAUUAUAAGUGAUGCUGGUUCAUCGAAUAAUGCUUUUGAGCCUGAUGAAGACAUCGAAAAUCCAGAAGAAUUUGAUAUUCCAACCAAGGAAAUAGAGAUUCAAGUGGAUUGGAACGCUGAGCUUCCAGUCAAAGUGAAUGUUCCUAAAGUGCCAAUCCAUAGCCUCGUGCUUGACUGUGGAGCUGUCUCUUUCCUGGAUGUUGUUGGAGUGAGAUCAUUGCGUGUGGUAAGGAACUUCCAGGGUAUGAAGACUAACUAAACAUUAUCUCUUUCUUUUGAAGAUCAUGUGAUAGAAAAGCUGGAGAAAUGUGGUUUCUUUAAUGAUAACAUCAGAAAGGACAUAUUCUUUUUGACUGUCCACGAUGCUGUCCUCCAUCUCCAGAACCAGGUGAAAUCCCAAGAGGUUCAAGAUUCCAUUUUAGAAACGAUCACCCUCAUCCAAGACUGUAAAGAUCCUCUUGAAUUAAUGGAAGCAGAGCUGAUUGAAGAAGGACUUGAUGUCCAAGAUGAGGCUAUGCGAAGACUUGCUUCCUGA